AGUUGAGCAUUGUGAAUUGUGAGUUGUGAAAAGUCUUCCCGUGGGUGAAGUUCGUUAAACCACCACCUGUCCAGUUCAGCUCACUCACAAAUCUAACGCCGCUCUCCCCUCGUUCAUAUCGCCAUUGAUUUAACUCGACGCUCCUUCCAUUCUCUGGUUUCGCCGCCCUCAAACCCUUACAAAAUCCCUACAAAUUUCCUCCGACAUUGUCUCCCUUUGAUUCGAUCUGAAUCUCUAUACCUCCUAUACUUGGAGUUACCGUCCUCCUUCAUCAAUGGCGUCCUUCGCUGUUCCUUCGCCCAAGACAUCGGCUUUGUUCGCGGUUCAGCCAAAUCACAAGCAGAGUCCUAGUCCCAAGCACCGCAACAACUCGGUUGCUCUUUUCCAGUCGGAUUUGAAAUCCAGCCGUGCAUUGGUUGCUGGAUCAUCUUCACUGGGAUUUCAGACAUCAAAGAAGAACCAGAAAGAUGGUAUGAGAGUAUCUGCUCAGCUUAAUAAGGUCAUUGCUCUUCAGGAAACAAAUUCAUCACCAUCUUCAGAGAAAGCAACAAAGACAUCCCCAUCAGAAACCACCAUCCCUGAUGAUGCAACAAUUACUGCAUUCAUGAAUCAAGUGGCAGAGCUUGUUCAGCUUGUGGAUUCAAGAGACAUUGUGGAGCUGGAGCUAAAGCAACAGGGGUGUGAGGUUGUUAUAAGAAAGAAGGAAGCUUUGGCACCACCUCCAGCAUCUCCUAUGGUUAUGAUGCAAUCUCCACAACCACAGGCUAUGUAUCAAUCACUACCACCUCCACCUCCCGCUCCUUCUGCAUCACCACCACCACCACCACCACCAUCAGCUGCCCCUGCAAAGCCAAAGUCCUCCCAUCCUCCAUUGAAAUCCCCCAUGGCUGGAACCUUCUAUCGUUCUCCUGCACCAGGAGCCCCUGCCUUUGUCAAGGUUGGAGACAAGGUUAAAAAAGGUCAAGUUAUCUGCAUUAUUGAGGCAAUGAAAUUGAUGAAUGAGAUUGAGGCUGAUCAAGAUGGAACAGUAGCUGACAUUGUUGCUGAAGAUGGAAAACCAGUUAGCCUGGAUACGCCUCUGAUUGUUAUUGAGCCAUGAAGAUUGAAGAGGAGUAUCAGGGCAACCAUGUGAUAAAUUGAGCGAGCUUAAUUAAUUAGACUGUUUUUGUUUUUAUUUUUAUUGUGGUCUUGUUAUCAAAAUUUAUGUAACAGAUUGGUUUUGUUCACUUCAUUUCAUGUAAGAUAAAAUAACCAACCAACCAACCAUUUUUAAUGAGGAUGUUGUUUAGCCAA